AUGCCUAUCCACACUUAUCUGGUUCAUUCACCCCAAUGCUUCCUGCUGCUGCUGAUCCUGCUCCAUGUCAUCUCAGGAACCAAUGAACAGGUUAAUGGGAACGAUUGGCAGGUGCUACAGCCUGAGGGUCCCAUGCUGGUGGCAGAAGGUGAGACCCUCCUACUGAGGUGUACAGUAGUUGGAGCCUGCGCUGAAGUCAUAAUAAAGUGGGUCCAGGGAAGCAACCAGCAUCAGCAGGAAAUCUAUAACUUUAAACACGGCUUUUUUCCUGGAGUGACACCCUUGAUCCAGCAGCCAUUGGAUCCACUUAAUUGUGACUAUUCUAUCUAUAUCCACAAUGUCACCAGACAGCAUGCUGGCACCUACCACUGUGAAGGGAUUGAUGACUUGGAUGAGAGCUCGAGAAAGGAACUGGAGGAGGGCACCUCAGUGCUUGUGAGGGAUGCUGAGGGCCCAGAGCCAGACCUGUGGAUCAUCCAGCCCCAGGAGCUAGUGUUGGUGAGCUCUGGAAACAAUGUGUCCCUGAACUGUACUGUCCUUGGAGCUGGUCCCCCAGGAUCCAUAAGAUGGUUUCGGGGAGCUGGCCUGAACCGAGAGGCCAUUUACAAUUUUGGAGGCAUAUCCCAACCCAAUAUCACAGCCCUCCAGACCUCCAAAAGCGACUUUAGCAUUCUUCUGCAAGGAGUCUCAGCAGAGUAUGCUGGCACCUACUACUGUGCAAAGUUUGAGAGGAAACGCAAUAGGCAAUACCUUUCUGGACAAGGCACCAGGCUGAAAGUAAAAGCAAAUUCCAUAUCACCCCAUAAUACAGGAUUUACCAUCUCAUAUGUGGAUGGGACAUAUGAAUCAGCUGAUAUCCACCCUCUGUGUCCUCCUCUGCCUUCUCAGCCUAUUUAA